AUGGGGCCUGAGGGAGCCAUCGUUUCGCAGCUGGCUGGCUCCCUUCUGCUGCUCGGCCUGGGCACGCUCCUGCUGGGCCCAGGCUGCCUGGCGCUGGCCUUCGGGUACCGCCCAGGGAGGGGCUUCUCCUCCUACGAAGUGAUCAUCCCCAGGCAGCUGGGUCCCCAUAGGGGACAUCCUGAGGUGUCGGGCCGGAUAUCUUACGUUCUUCAGGUGGAGGGCAGGAAGCAGGUUGUCCACCUUCUCCCUAAGAAGUUCCUGUUGUCCAGACACCUGCGCAUUUUCUCCUUUACUGGGCAGGGAGCCGUCCUGGAGGACCAGCCUUCCAUCCCUGAUGACUGCAGCUACGGAGGUUACGUGGAGGGCUCCCCCGACUCCCUGGCUACGUUAAACACCUGCUUUGGGGGGCUCCGAGGGAUACUGAACAUGAAUGGAAGCCUUUACCAAAUGGAACCCUUGAAAGACUCUACAAAAUUUGAGCACAUAUUAUAUCGCCUGAAGAAGGAGGCUCGAGCUGAUCGCACCUGCCAGGCAAUUGAUGAAGAAACGGCUCCUCGUUUGGCCAAGCACCAGAACCUAGAGAUUUCUGCCAAGUUUUCGUGGACGACCUAUCUACACCUUAAGUAUGUAGAGGCCUUUCUUGUGAUAUCUCAUGGGAGGUAUCAACUUUUGGGAUCCAAUAUGACUGCUUGCAUUAAUGAGGGCUUUACUUUGAUCGCUUUGGCAGACAUGGUUUUUCAGGGACUCAAUUGUCGAAUUUAUCUGGAGGGAAUUGAGGUGUGGUCCGACCAGGACAAGAUAAAUAUUAAGGACUCAGAAGAAGAUAAAAUUUAUGAAGACUUUAUGAGAUAUAAAGAGAAGCAACUAGACCAUCGUGAAGAGUCAGAUUGGGCACAUUUAAUUGUAAGUAAAGAGAUCGCCACAAAAGCCAAGGUAGGAGGUAUCUGUGAUAAAGGAAAUAGCGCAUCUGUGAGCAGCCUGUCUCAAGAGAACCUGAGUGGCUCUAACGAGUUUCUUCAUGCAUUGGGCCAUAUUGUGGGCAUGAAAGACGAUGAGGAUGGAUGUGAAUGUCAGGGUCCCGAUAGAUGCUUAAUGGACAAAAACCCUGGCGACGGAGGUUUCAGUAAUUGCAGUUACACAGAGUAUUUUGAAAAGAUAGCCACCUAUGGAAGCUGUAUGUCUAAUGUACCCACACUAGGGAAAAGAAAAAUUUCUGUAUGUGGUGACAAAGUGGUGGAAGGAGACGAACAGUGUGAUUGUGGCACACCAAAGGACUGUGAGCAAGAUAAGUGUUGCGAGCCAACGUGUAAAUUAAAAGCCAGAGCAACGUGUGGUUCUGGUCUUUGCUGCUAUAACUGUAGAUUUCGACUAGCAGGGAAACUGUGUAGGGCCAAAAAUAGUGAAUGUGACCUUGAGGAGUAUUGCAAUGGCACCUCUGAACACUGCCCUGAGGACACGUACAUUCAGGAUGGGACCCUAUGCUCUCACCAUGGCUAUUGUUUCAAUGGGUUUUGCAGUUCUCGGAAUCAGCAGUGCAAGAAUCUUUUUGGACGCAGUUCGACAUCGGGACCUCUUGCCUGCUACCAAGAAGCCAAUCGAGGGGACCGCUUUGGCAACUGUGGAAUUAUAGCCGGUGUUUAUUCCAAGUGUGAACCUGAUAAUGUGUUAUGUGGAAGACUGCAGUGUAUCAACAUCAAGAUUGUUCCUGUCAUGGCUGAACACUAUACAGUAGUUAUGAAUUUUGUCAGCCAGGGCAAUCUUACUUGCUGGGGGACAGACUUUCACGCUCCAAUGAGUACAAUGAAACUGUCAGAUAUUGGAGAAGUAAAAGAAGGCACUGCCUGUGGUGAGGGAUUUGUAUGUAUUAACAAGACUUGUACAAACAUGAAUGUCCUUAAUUUUGAUUGUACAGUGGACAAGUGUACCAAGAGAGGAAUCUGCAACAAUAAUAGAAAUUGCCACUGUAACUAUGGAUGGGCCCCUCCAUUCUGUAAGAAGUAUGGAUAUGGAGGAAGUAUUGACAGUGGUCCUCCCCCUAAAUGGGAAAGGACUCCCUGGAAAAAUGCCAUACCCCUGGCCCUUUUUCUCAUAAGGUGUUUUGCUUUAGCUGGAGCAGGGUUUCUGUCUGCCUUAGGUAAAGCAGCAGCUGCCCUUCAACGUUCAUUUCGUUCCAAAAAUGAAGCAGUCCAGUCAAGGGGAAAAAAAAAAAAGGAAACCAUUAUUGCUGAAUAA